AUGAUGAAGGGACUGAUUGUUUUGUGCCUCGUUGCCCUCUGGCAGGUCGCCAAUGUUCAAGGAGAGGAAUCUUUCGACCCAAGGGCUAACCCAAGGAUCAACGAUGCCCUCAAGGAAUACUCUCGCUAUCACUGCUACUACAGGUGUCACCAAAACCCUGACGACUGCUCUGUCGAUGCCAGACGCGACCUGACCACCUGUGAGAACCAAUUGUACUGGGCCUACUUCUCCAACUACGAGGUCUGCCGCACCAAGUGUGCCGUCGAGUGCGACGAAAGGUGCCAAAAAUACACCGACUGCUCCGAGGCCUGUCUGAAGGUCGGCAGCGACAAGAUCAGGCUGAGCCCCAAGACCCCCGACCAACUCAUCCGCACCUACUUCGAUAUCCGCAGAGCCGGCAGGACCGACCUCUACAUCGAAUAA